AUGUCGUUCUCCGUCGGUGAGAUGGAGGCGGCGCUGCCUGCCGCCUCUGAGAAGCCUGUCGCCCUUGACGCCGAGGGUAAGGAGUGGUCUAAGCCCGAGAAGUACAACUACGAGGAGACGGCCCAGUCAGGCCCGAUCGAGAACGGCAACUGGGAGGGCAAUGCUGCCAUCUACGAGUGGGACGAGGAGUACGGUGAGGUCGGUCCUCAGCACCCCGAGCUUGAGCUCAUGCUCUUUGGUGACCCGGCCACUCGCCGUGACCACUCCGGUCUUGACUUCACAGCCAUCUCCGAAGUUGAGGUUCACCAGGAGGGCGAAAUUCGCGUCAACCCCAUCGAUUCUUACAAGAAUGGCGGUCUUCACCCGGUCAUGCUCGAGAACAUUAACCUGUGUGGCUACGACGCCCCCACUCCAAUUCAGAAGUACACGAUCCCGGCCAUCCACAAGGGCCUCGAUGUCGUUGCCGUCGCGCAGACUGGCUCUGGCAAGACCGCCGCCUACCUGGUCCCUAUCCUCAACAAGCUCAUGGGCAAGGCGAAGAAGUUGGCCGCUCCGCGCCCCAACCCUGCCUCGAUUCAGCUGGGCGAGGCUUCCGUUCGCGCCGAGCCCUUGGUUGUCGUGGUCUGCCCUACUCGUGAGCUUGCCAUUCAGAUCUUCAACGAGGCGCGCAAGCUGUGCUACCGCACCAUGCUUCGUCCUUGCGUCGCUUACGGUGGUGGCCCCAUUCGUGACCAGAUUCAGCAGCUUGGAAAGGGCUGCGACGUCCUCAUCGCGUCUCCUGGUCGCCUUUGCGACUUCAUCCAGCGUCCGGACGUCCUGUCUCUGCGCCGCCUGCGCUACAUGGUGUUCGACGAGGCUGAUGAGAUGCUUCAAGAUGACUGGCGUGAGGAGUUCGACGUCAUCAUGACCGGUGGUGAGCAGCAGGAGGGGAACAUCAAGUACAUGCUGUUCUCCGCCACCUUCCCCAAGGCUCUUCGUGACCUUGCGAAGGAGCAUCUCAGCACCUCCUCCAGUGUCCGCAUCAGCGUUGGUCGUAUCGGCAGCACUCACACCAACAUUCUUCAGCGCGUGAUCGAGGUCGCUCCUUUCGACAAAAAAUCGAAGUUGAAGGAGCAGAUUGAGUCUCUCGCUGCCUGCCGCACCAUCAUCUUCGUGAACAGCAAGCGUACCGCUGACGAGCUUGACGACUACCUCUUCAACAUGGGCUUUCCGUGCACCUCCAUGCACAGCGACCGUACCCAGCUGGAGCGUGAGGCUUCCAUGCGUGCUUUCCGCGCGGGAAAGGCUCCCAUUCUCAUCGCCACUGGCAUCAGCGCUCGUGGAAUCGACGUGAAGAAUGUCAAGCAUGUCAUCAACUACGACCUGCCUAGCAUGGACCAUGGUGGUAUCGAGGAGUAUACCCACCGCAUCGGUCGCACUGGUCGCAUGGGUCAGCGUGGCAUUGCUACAUCCUUCUACACUGAGCGUGAUGAGCCCAUUGCCAGCGUUCUGGUCCGUACCCUCAUGGAGACCAAGCAGGAUAUUCCCGAGUUCCUGGAGCCUUUCAAGCCCACUGGCAAGGGUCUUGAGAACCUGAAGUUCGAGACCGAGUCGGACUUUGACCCUGAGGAGGCUGGCAUUGCUCACCUCGGUGGCGGUGACUGGGGUGGUGACGACGCUGGUGGUGACGCUGGCGGUGACUGGGGUGGUGAUGCUGGCGAUGAUGCUGGCGGUAACCAGACAACCGAGGCUCCCGCCUGGGGUGCGUCUGCCGGUGCCGGUGGCGAUGGCUGGUGA